AUUCUGACAGCCAUUGAGCUGUUUGAAAAUACUGCCUACUAUGGAAACCAUCCGCGAUUCCGGGAAGCUCUUCAAUGUGGGUGUCCCUUUGGAGAAGUCACCGUUUUCACGCUCGCACUGAAAGAAAAUGGAAUAGCAGAGUGGGAGCACAGUGGCAACCGUGAGUCUGCUAUCCAGAGUGAGGCAAUUGGGGGAUGUCAGCUAGGUGAAUGGUCGUCGCUGAUGCACAUCAUGGCACUUUCCACAGUGAUUUCCAGGCCUGUCUUUACAAUCUAUCCAAGUUGUGCAGAAGCUAUUCGCCCCCUCUUACAUGGCUUAGUGAAACCACGUAUUAACAGGCCAGACGUGUUUUCCAAUAAUGAUUGCUUUCAUAUUCUGUGGUCAAGGGAUGGUGGAUUAGACAGCCGCCCAAAUGCUAUUUAUGUUCCUAACCACUUUGUCCCCCUUUUUAAAAAGGAAUAUGCCGAUCAUGCAGUCAAAACUGCUAAAGACUACCGCAAAGUUGCUGACCAGUCCACUAAAAAAGCAUCCCCCCCCCGAAAAGGUCGUUUAGUUUGGAAGACUUUUGGUUUCCAACAGAAUGUAAAAAGAAAAAGAGAAAUGAAGCAGGCAUAAACAAUAAAAGAAUGAAAAUGGGGGAUGAUGGGAAGACAGAAAGAAGACAGAGGACAAAAUAA